AAAUGUAAACAGUCCACAGAGGCGUGUGUGUGUCUGUGUGUGUGUCAGUGGCAGAGAAACAGGGUGACACAGGCGCAGCUGUCUUCCAGCCUUCGGUCAGUUCAGCGUCUUCUCAAGCCGGUGGAGGUGAAGCUACGACGGGAUGCGUCGGCCGACCUGCGCCGCUCCGCCAGCCCCGCAGUAGAGGAGGCUCAGGGGGGCUUAAAACAUCACAUGCAGCUUAACGGAGGCCCCGAGUGAGAGCAGCUCUGUCCAAAUACACAGGAUUUUUACCUGACGAGACUGGACUAGUUUUAGCAGCAUCCAUGGACGAGCUGGAUCCAGAGGAGCAGUUCCUGCGAUAUGCCCGGAACGGAGAUCUGCCCGGGGUUCAGAGGCUCCUCAUGUCCAAGAUAAAGGAGGAGACGCAGAUCAACAUCAAUUGCAAAGGUAAAAGUAAGUCUAACCUUGGAUGGACGCCUCUUCACUUGGCCUGUUAUUUUGGACAUAAAGAUGUAGUGGAGGAAUUACUCAAGGCGGGGGCAGAUGUUAACUUGCCCAAUAACAUCGGAGAUACACCGCUGCACAAAGCUGCCUUCACAGGAAGAAAGGAGGUUGUCAUGCUGCUGCUGCACUAUGAUGCUUGUGCCACUGUCAUCAAUGGGACAGCACAGAUUCCCAAAGAUGUCACUCAAAAUGCAGAGAUCAGAGGCAUGUUGGAAGCGGCUGAAAGAACAGAGGAGAGGAAACUAGAGGAGAAACUUUUGGACGCUGCUCGUGAAGGAGACCUUUCAACGUUAACUGAGCUGCUCAGCAGGAAGAAGCCUCCGGACAUCGACUGCACAGAUCUGCUGGGUAACACUCCGCUGCACUGUGCAGCCUAUCGAGGCCAGAGGCAGUGUGCCCUGAAGCUGCUCAAGAGUGGAGCCAACCCCAGCGUCAAAAACAAGAACGGCCAGUCGGUGUUUGACCUGGCCAGCGACACGGCGAUGAGGCAGUUUCUUGAAGGCAACGUUCACAGAGGUAUGACCCGGCAUGUCAAGAAGUACGAGGGACUCCUCUGGAAGAGCUCCAGAUUUUUUGGCUGGCGCUCCUACUGGGUCGUUCUUCAGGAUGGCGUGAUAUCCUGGUACUCAAAACAGUCCGACGCAGCUGCCAAUGUCAGAAGGCAAGGCUGCAAGUCCCUCACAAACGCUCACUGCUUGAUACGAGCCAAAGAUAACUGCUUUUUUACCCUCAAGUGCUUCGAUGACAGUGUGCAUCACUUCAAAGUGUCCCCUAAAACUGACCCAGAGGCAGAGAGAAAGGCAUGGCUCGACGCGCUGGAGGAGCACUCGGCUUUCAGCACACACUACUGUUCUCAGGAGCAGGGCAGCGAGGAGGAGGAGGAGGAGGAAGUGAUGUCACUCGGGGAACUAACAGACUCACUACAGGCAGCAGAGGUCAGCCAAAAGAAGCUGGAGAAGGAGGUGGAAGCUCUCCUGUCCAUGCUGAAAAAUGAUGGGCUUUCAGAAAGAUUUCCAUCAACCAUCGUGCAGAAAAUGCAAGAAAUCUGUGAGUUGUCCAGUGAGACCAACUCCAGUCUCAGCAUUUGCCUCAGCUUUAUCUCCAGACAGGAAGGGGUGCGCAGUGUGAAAUUGGAGCAGGAGGUAGAGAAGAAUAAGAUCCUCUCGGAAGCGCUGCAGACUCUGGCCACGGAGCACCACGAACUUGAGCAAUCCGUCGUCAAGGGAUCUUCACCGCGCAGUGCCCUCAGCGAGGAUGAGUUCCACGACGCCGUGUCUGAAUCCGAAUCUGAACUCUCCCUGAGCGGCUUUGAGACGGUGGCCAGCCAUUCCUGUGAGGAGGACGAGGAGGACGAAGGCUCUGUCAUGCUAAGCAGCCCGUGCAGCAGCCCCACCAGCAUGUUGCAGGAGGAUCACCAUGGCGACAAGGAUGAGACUCAACCCAAUGGGAUAACACGGCAUAGGACCAGCUUACCUGCACCAAUGUUUUCAAGAAAUGACUUCAGCAUUUGGAGUAUCCUGAGGAACUGCAUUGGAAUGGAGCUCUCCAAGAUCACAAUGCCAGUGAUUUUCAACGAACCACUCAGCUUCUUGCAGCGUCUGACAGAGUAUAUGGAGCACACGUACCUCAUUCACCAGGCUAACGCCUCCUCAGACUCCAUUGAGAGGAUGAAGUGUGUGGCAGCGUUUGCAGUGUCCGCUGUGGCCUCUCAGUGGGAGCGGACAGGAAAACCCUUCAACCCUCUGCUGGGAGAAACCUAUGAACUGGUCAGAGAGGAUCUGGGCUUCAGGCUCAUAUCGGAGCAGGUGAGCCACCAUCCUCCCGUCAGCGCCUUCCAUGCUGAGGGUCUGAAGCAAGACUUUGUGUUCCAUGGGUCUAUCUACCCCAAGCUAAAGUUCUGGGGCAAAAGUGUUGAAGCUGAGCCAAAAGGCAUCAUCACACUGGAGCUGCCCAAGCACAACGAAGCCUACACAUGGACAAAUCCCACAUGCUGCGUUCACAACAUCAUCGUGGGUCAGCUGUGGAUUGAGCAGUAUGGAAAUAUGGAGGUGAUCAACCACAGAACUGGCGAAAGAUGCUGCCUGAAUUUUAAACCAUGUGGCCUUUUUGGAAAAGAAUUGCACAAAGUUGAAGGCUACAUUCUGGAUAAGAGCAAAAAGAAGCUGUGUGCUCUCUAUGGGAAGUGGACGGAGUGUCUGCAUGUUGUUGAUCCGGCUGCGUUUGAGGCGCACAAGAAAAGCGACAAGAAAGGGUCAGAGGAGAAGAAAGGCAGCAAAGCGGGUUCCAGUGAGGAUCAGGAGGAGGUUCCUUCUUCUCCAGCUGCAGACACUGUGGAGGUGAUUCCAGGCAGCCAGCUGCUGUGGAGAAUCGCACCCAGACCUGCAAACUCUGCCCAGAUGUACAGCUUCACGUCCUUUGCGAUGCAGCUGAACGAGCUGCACAAGGAGAUGGAGGGAGUCAUCCCUCAGACCGACUGCAGGCUCAGACCCGACAUACGAGCCAUGGAGAACGGCGACAUCGACGUGGCCAGCGAGGAGAAGAAGAGGCUCGAGGAGAAACAAAGAGCUGCUCGCAAAAACCGCUCCAAGUCUGACGAGGAGUAUAAGACCAAGAGUCCUGCCCUGGGCCCGAGGUGGUUUCAGCAGGGCCAGAACCCCCACACCAACUCCCAGGACUGGCUCUUCUGUGGCGGAUACUGGGACAGGACUUACAGCCAGCUGCCGGACAUUUACUAACAGACAUUUCCCAUACAGAGAAUUAACACCUGUACAGUAAAGAGCAGCAUUAACUGUGGUUUUUUUGUUGUUUGUUUUUUUUUUUUUUUUAAAUGAAAUAGCUACAAGCAAUAUGAUAAAGUGUACUUAAACUGUGUGGCCUUAAUCUACUUUGUGUUGGGAAAGCUGUGCACAGAAAUAUCCACAAUCAGUAGUUACACUAAGAACAGUGUUCGUAAUGGACUUUUUUGUUGUUGUUUUUUUAAGCACAGUGGACGGGUUUAUGGUUUUAGUGUCCAUCUGUCUUCUUUUAAAUCUUCAUCAUAGUGUUUUGACUCCAACUGUAUAUCUGUGUGUAUAUAUACACGUAUAUAUAUUCCACAGAUUCAACCGUCAGUGACCUCAUCAUGUUAUUUCCUCUGGACUCACAAAAACCACAUACAGUCUGUUACUAUUGUAUGUUUUCUGUACUAACACUGCCCUCAUAAAAAUGACUUUAACAACUGAC